AUGGAGGCUGAGUUCAGAGCUCCGAAGAGACGGACCCGUGUCUAUGAGGCCUACGAGGGUCCUCUGCCACUGAAUCAGGACCUAGACCCGGUCCAGAACCAGGCCCCAGUCCAGUUCAGAGCAGAUCUCAUCAACCAGCAAGUCCUGAUCCAAAACCCGGACCACAUCCGCGCUCUCUACAAACAGGGAUUCUUUGGAAAAGGAGUUCUGUCAAAGUCUGGUCCCGCCCACAGUGUUUCGGAUCAAUGGGAAAGUUAUGGAGGACUUCUGCUGCCCGUGGUCUCCUGCUCCAGAUAUGAAGAGCUGCUGCGGUGGGCAGGGCUUACGCUCUCUGCUCAGGGCUUGGCUGAGGAGUCUGUCAAUCAAACACUGCAGUGGCUGUCAAAGGAUUUGAGUCUGGAAGAGGUCCAACAACUUCAUCAGGACCACAAACCAGAGUCCAGCCCUGGAGUGGUCCUGGUUCGUUCAAACUCAGAGAGACCUGCUGAAUCUCAGAUCCGUAGAGUUCCCAUCAGCGUCACAGAGUUCCUGCAGCUCAGCUACGAGGAGACUUGUGUCUGUGCCUCACAGGGCUCAUCUUUACCGUUGCUCCAGUACUGUGUUUUUUUCCUUGUUUUUGCUCUUGGAUGUCUCACUGUUUACCACAGACAGAGUCCUCUCUCCGUGCUGCAGCUCUGGAAGACUUGUCGUAGUCUCUGUUCGAACUUUGUGGAGCUCUACUCUGCGUUUCACUUCUACAGGAGCCGAGGCUGGGUCCCCAAGACCGGGUCAGGGGCCAAAUAUGGAUCUGACAUGAUGCUAUAUCGUAAAGGCCCUCCCUUCUAUCACGCCAGUUACUCUCUGGUGGUGCAGAGGAUGAGGGAGGACGGAGUGCCUGAAGGUGGCGCUCUCACAGACUCUUCUCUGCGCUCGUUCACGUGGCGUUCAUUGUCGGCGCUGAGCCGAGUCACAGCCAAUGUGUCCAAGGAGCUGCUGCUGUGUUACAUCAUCUUCCCUGUGGACCAAUCAGAAGCUGAGCUGGAGUCACCUGACUGUCUGCGGCGCCUCCGUGUGCAGGAGGUGAUGCUGAGCCGGACUAAACCCGGUCUGACCCCGCGGCUGUCUUCACACAACACACAUACAGAUUUGAUGAUGGCGGACGACUUCGACAUUGAGGCCAUGCUGGAGGCCCCCUACAGGAACAGGAAGGAAGAAGGAGAUGGAGACCAUGAGCCCCGCAGCAGGAGCAGUAAAAAACGGAGCCGCAGCAGAGAGAGGAAGAGGAGUCGAGAGAGGAAAAGGAGCCAUGAGAGGAAGAGGAGCAAAGAGAGGAAGAAGAGCAAAGAGAGAGACAGAGGAGGGCGCUAUAGGGACCAUGUACGGCGCAGAUCUCGCAGUAAAAGUCCUGUGAGGAAGGAGAAGAGCCCAAUCAGAGCCCCUAUAGAUAACCUGAGUCCUGAGGAGAGAGAUGCCAGGACAGUGUUCUGUAUGCAGCUGGCAGCGAGGAUCCGACCACGAGACCUGGAGGACUUCUUCUCUGCUGUGGGGAAGGUUCGUGACGUCAGGAUCAUCUCGGACAGAAACUCUCGUCGUUCUAAAGGAAUCGCGUACAUCGAGUUUGUGGACACCAGCUCUGUUCCUCUGGCCAUCGGGCUGACGGGUCAGAGGCUGCUGGGAGUGCCCAUCAUUGUCCAGGCAUCACAGGCGGAGAAGAACCGUGCGGCGGCUGCAGCGGCUGCCUGCUCCAUGCAGAGAGGCUCCGUGGGGCCCAUGAGGCUCUAUGUGGGCUCCCUGCACUUCAACAUCACGGAGGACAUGCUGAGGGGCAUCUUCGAGCCCUUUGGGAGGAUCGAGAGCAUUCAGCUGAUGAUGGAUAAUGAGACUGGGCGCUCCAGAGGAUACGGCUUCAUCACUUUCUCAGACUGUGAGUGUGCUAAGAAGGCCAUGGAGCAGCUGAACGGGUUCGAGCUGGCAGGUCGUCCCAUGAAGGUGGGUCAUGUGACUGAGCGCACCGACCCGAUGCUUGCAUCAUCAUUCCUUGACAACGAUGAGCUGGAGCGCACAGGCAUCGAUCUGGGAGCCACGGGCCGACUGCAGCUGAUGGCCCGGCUGGCUGAGGGGACGGGGCUGCAGAUCCCUCCUGCUGCUAAACAAGCUCUGCAGAUGAGUGGGGCCAUCCCGGGUCUUCCCCCUGGUCUCACUCCAGGUCUAACUCCAGGACUCUCGCCUGGAUUCACCUCAGGGCUCCCCGGUCUGAGUCCGGGUCUCCCCAUAGCAGCUCCUCCUGUAGCGACUCACUGCUUCCAGCUCUCCAACAUGUUCAACCCCAGGAGUGAGGAGCCGCCGGGCUGGGAGCUGGAGAUUCAGGCUGAUGUCAUUGAAGAAUGCAACAAACACGGAGGAGUGGUGCACAUCUAUGUGGACCGCAACUCUGCAGAGGGGAAUGUUUAUGUGAAGUGUCCUUCUAUCCCUGCUGCCAUGGCGACAGUCACAGCUCUGCACGGGAGAUACUUCGCAGGUAAAAUGAUCGCUGCUGCCUUCGUCCCGCUCUCGACCUAUCACCACCUGUUUCCUGACGCUGUCUCCGCCUCUACUCUGCUGCCCCCGCCCCUUCGCCGCUGA